GCACAGGUGAAGGCCAAAAGAAGUGUGUGAUUAUUUUGACAACAAAAGACUAAAAGUGUAUAUAUUGCCGUUAUAAUUCUUUGAUUUUGAAGGUGAAAGUAUAAACAAAAGUUCAAACUUAUAUGUAUAACAGAUCGAGGGGUCUUGGUAGAGUUGUCAAGUCACAACUGGAGAUUUGCAAAUUUUACUAUAUAUUGGUGGAAGUCAAAUGUCCUACGGUUGGUCGUCCGAUGAACUUGGUACCACAGGAAGUAAACGGACGAAAAUGUCCCACCAUAACAUCAGUAUCACAAGCUGGGACAUUAAUGAUUCUUUGGCGGCUGACUUUGAUGGUUCAUUAUCCGGUCUAGGAAAUGACCUGGGAUCAGGCACUUAUAACAUGAGUGAAGCAUUGCUUGCAUUACCAGUCUUUAAACAGGAAAACUUGGACACUGGGUUCCAAUAUAUAUUAGGGGCAGCCACAUCUCCAGCAGUGAAACUUAAUGAAGAAACACUAACCUACCUCAAUCAAGGACAGUCGUAUGAAGUAAAAAUGAAGAAACUUGGUGAUUUAUCAGAUUUCCAAGGAAAGUAUCUAAAGAGUAUUAUACGAGUUUGUUUCCAUGAGAGAAGAUUACAAUACAUGGAAAAAGAACAAAUGGAAUCUUGGAAACAGACACGACCAGGGGAGAGAAUUCUAGAGCUCGACAUUCCACUUUCAUAUGGCAUAAUUCAUUACAAAAAAGACACACCUAGUCUGAAUACAAUAGACUUUAUAUGGGAUCCUACCAAAGAAUGUGGUAUAUAUAUAAAAGUACAUUGUAUAAGUACAGAAUUUACUCAGAAGAAGCAUGGUGGAGAAAAGGGUGUGCCGUUCAGGAUACAAGUAGAGACACAUACAUAUGGUGAUGAAGAUUCAAAGUUGUUACAUUGUGCCUCAUGUCAGGUCAAAGUUUUCAAGCCCAAGGGAGCAGACAGAAAACAUAAAACAGACAGAGAAAAGAUUGAUAAAUUAAAUGAAACAGAUAAGGAUAAAUAUCAACCUUCCUAUGAAUGUACAGUAUUAACUCAGAUAAAUGUAGACCAGAUGGCAUCCACAAUAUUACAGCCUGGACCUUCCACACCUAGUACUAGUGCUGCAUUGGUUGAACCUAGUUUUAUUGGAAGAAAUGGUUCUUUUGCCAAUUUGAGUGAAAGUUUUUCCCAGAUCAAUACAAAUUCUCCCACGCCUCCAUCAAUGUCAGCAGCCUCUUCACCAUUUAGAUGUAAUAGUGAAGAAGACAAUGAACAGAAGGUCAAAAGUCCAGAGUUAAAAACAUCAAAGGAGAAAAUAAUCUUAGAUGGGAUACCACUGCCAUCAGAUGCCAUAGCAGAUACUGUUUCAGCAUGGUUACAAGCCAAUAGAUUUAACAGUCAUGUUAGAGUUUUCCAAAAUUUCUCAGGUCCAGAUAUAUUGAGGUUGACAAGAGAUGAUCUCAUACAGAUUUGUGGUAUAGCAGAUGGUAUACGACUCAAUAAUGCCUUACAAUCCAAAGCAGUGAGGCCUCGUUUAACAAUAUUUGUAUGUCAAGAAACAGAUUCAGUUUACCAUGCCCUGUAUUUAGAUACGUUCACAAGUCAAGAAUUGAUUGGAAAACUGGCAAAGUUGUACAGUGUAUCAUCACAACAGAUAGCAGAAUUAUACUGUUCUGGUCCAUCAGGGAUUUAUAUACUUAUCACAAAUGAGGUUGUUCAGAAUUUUAAAGACCAGGCUAGAUUUGUUGUUGAAGCUAUGAAAGAUGAAAACUCAAUGCAGUACAAAAUACUACUCAAGGAAAUGAGCUGAAAAUGUGAUGAAUGUAAAAUAGUUUGUUGAAGAUAGAGACUUCAGACUGUAAAGGUUCACUAUUGCCUCUUAUGUCACAACUAUCACAUGUGUUGGGCAGCAUACUUGUAUCUGUUACAGUUAUAUGUAACAAGAUUGUGUUGUAAUGUCUGUAUUUACCUGGUAUGGCACAUAGUUUAUGAUAAUGAAUACACUAACUGUGUGCAUGUGUAAUAUCUGUUAUUACCUGGUAUGCUACAUCGUUAAUGAUAAUGAAUACACUUACUGUUAACAUGUGUAUUUACCUGGUUUGUUACAUGGUUUAUGAUACUGAAUACACUUACUAUGAACAUGUGUAAUAUCUGUUAUAACCUGGUAUGUUACAUUGUUAAUGAUAAUGAAUAUAUUUACUGUUACAGGUGAAAUCCAUUCAUAAUGGCAAUGACAACUUGUAUUUUGUUUUCCAACUUAUCAAAGGUUAAAUAUGUAUUUCAUCAGAUGAAGAUUUAAAACCGUUUUGAUUUGAAGUAGGUUCUAGCUCUACUGAUGUAUGUUUUCUACAGUAAACACAACAGAAAGAAGUGCUAGUUCAAGUUGAAAUAUCUUUUUUCUAUUUCAUUCACAAAGAAGUGCUAGUUCAGACUGAGAUGUAUAUAAAUAUAAUAGUUUUUCUUUGAAUCCAGUUUCAGCUCUUUAUCUUUUUAUCACAUACUUUCAUUUAGCUGUUUGAUAUUGCCUUACUUAAAUGUAUAUUUUGUACAGUUUUAUUAAGCAGACAUCUCAUGCUCAGAUGUGUAUUAUAUGAUUUUCAAUGCUACUUUAUCUUAAUCUGGCUCUAGAUCAUAACUUUUGAUAUUAAAAGUAUAGAUGAGAUUUGUUGUUCCACAUUUUUAUGCAACAAAAUACUUUGUAUAUUUUUACACCUGUCAGGUCUUACUUAUCCCAUUCUGUUUCCUUGAUAAGCAAUACAGUUGACUCUCUUUAUCUAGAAAAUUCGACCUCUAGUUUUCUUUCUCAAGCGAGAAGCAUGAUAUAAAAAAUUAUCACAAAAAAUAUCAAAUGGUCAAAAAAUAGAAGUAUUUUUAGCCGAUCAAAUAAUUUCAACCAAAAUUUGAACUCACCAAAAGUCAAAAUACAAUUAAACUAUUUUAUAUGAGACAAGUUUUAAGACCACUGGAAAAUAAAAUUUUGAUUCAACUAUGUAUAAGAUAAUGAGAGUCAACUGUAGAAAUGUAAACUAAAUAUGCCCAUGUUAUUAGAUAACAGGAACAUCAAGUGUUUCUCUUGUUCAGCUGUGUGUUUUAGUUUUCAUUCAAUAACCUAAGUAAGCAUUGCACUUUUUUAUGUUAAAUGAGAAAUUAUAGCAUUCAUCUAUUAUUGUGAAUUUUGAAGACUGAACAAAAGUGCAAGAUAGAUUAUUGCAAUUUUAGAAAAAAAACUGCAUAUACAUGUAUAUACUGUAAACCAACUAAUUUUUGUGUGCAAUUUUUUUUUCGCGUCUUUCACAAGUAGAAAAAUAUCACAAAUAUAAAUCGUCUCUAAUAAGUUAGACUUGGAUAUUUCCUUACUUAAUUGCAUCAAGUAAAUUUAAGAAUCACGAAAUUGGAUAGAUAUGGCUAAACCCGAAAUAAAGUAUCCGCGAAAAAAAGUUGGUUUACAGUAUCAGAUAUCAGAAUGUGAGUUCUUAUUAGUGUGAUACUCAUCCAGUUGAAAUAUUCACAUUAGUAAAAACCAUGCAUUAAUUUCACAGCAAUUUUUAAUAGGAAAUGUUGUUAAGGAUUAUCAAGAUCAUGUUCAAAUUUAUGUACUUUUAACAAUUUCAGGGUUGAUUAAUUCCUUGAGUAUGAUUGAGUUUUAUACAAUAUUAGUUUCUUUUGAAAAUUGAGUUCCAAUAUGUCAUUCCAUAAUACUUGUUAUAAUUAUACCAUACUUUUUUGUUUUUCACAUUUUGCACAAAUACUAAGGAUUUCUUCUGAUGAAAGUUGGCAAGUAAAUAUUGCCCGUUAACUCCUAAUUUUAUAAGUAGCAACUGUGCAUAAAAUCUUGGGUAUGUGCCUGGCAUGUUUGGCUAGAGUUUUUUUCAUGUUGUUUGAGUUAAAGAUCUGUUGGUUUUUUUUUAUUUCAAUUGAACAACUUUUUAAAAAUGUAUUGCAAUCGGUUAAAUGUUAUUUUCCACCUUUUUUUAUGUAUCUGCACAAAAGUGGUAUUUGGAUGCAGUUAUAUAAAGAUAAGUUAAGAGAUAGAGUGUGUAUUGGGUUCUGGUAGGCCUUCUUUUUAAGAUAUGCCAAGUUUUUGUUGAAAUUUUAGAUGGCCUUAUCUGUAGAUUAUUCAGUUCAGCCUGGUCAGUUGUAAAUAUUACAACUGUUACUGUAUAUUAGGGAUAUUUCGUCCUUGUUGUUAUUAUAGUAUGAUUGAUAUAGGGCACAGUUUUAUGUUAUUUCACAUUCUGUACAAUUUUUGCUGUUAAUUUUUUAAUUCUUUCUACGCUACAAUGUAUUUUACAGUAACACAUCAGAUUAGUUAAUUUUCAGUGCUGUAGCUGUAGUUAUAAUUGAAUUAAGCUGAUAUUUUACGGUUCCAGGAUGAGAUCUCAAAAUACUUGUAUUGUAGGAAAACUUGAAAAAUGAAGUUUUGUGUUCAAGGGAAGUUUCAAAGCUGAAUUUUUCCAAAAUAUCAUUUAUCAUAUUUAAUUGUUGAGUUCAUAUUUAUCAAAAAAAAGUGUCUGUAUUUUAUAAAUUUAUAUAACUUGAAACAGUUUCAUUUUUCCUUUCACUUAUUCCAAGCAUAGUGUUAAGUGUUGCCAUCAUUUCUCAUUCAUCGUCCUUCUCCAACACAGUUUGAACUAAAAUAUAAUUUAUGGAUUUAUUUUUUUGAAAAUUACAUUAUUAAACUAUAAAAACAUAUGUGGAGCAGGAUCUGUUUACCCUUCUGACGCACAUUUAGGUUUUUGGUGGGGUUUGCAUAUCUCGGUCCAUAGUUUUCUAUGUUCUGUUUUGUAUAGUACAAUUUAUACACAGUACAAUAAAUUAUGAAAUUAAGUUUAUAUCUCAGAUACUCAUUGAUGCUAAUAAUGAAAUCUCACAACAAUGAUCCAAUUUGUUUUUGUUGGGGAUCCUAUUGCUCAAUCUUAAGUAAUCCAUGUUGUCUUUUGUUUACUGUUGUUUAAUUUUCCACUUACGAGUUUGAAUGUUCCUUUGAUAUCUUGCACCUUUCUUUUACAAUUUUAUGUUCUACCUACUAAAGUUGUUUACCCUAAUCUCUUAGUAUGAAGCUAUAUGUUUUUCUAAAUUAUCAGAUAUUGUGUGUAAAUAGUUGUUUUGUUUACAUAAAAAGAAAACUAAACAAAACAUUUUUUAAAUAAAAUUAGGUACACUGAACUUGUUUUCUUGCUACAUGACAAAGUAGGUAAAUUUACUGUUUUUUGUUGAAUUAAUAUUUUGAGUGAUGUCCACUCAUACCAGGGGGGUUCGGGGUUAGAACGACCCCCCCCCCCCCUUGAAAAACAAAUAAGCACUGUUGAAGUCAACAUUCUGUUCGAAUUGUGACUGUCAAAGUUGAGUCCAUGAGUCCAAAUAACUCCCCCUUGGAAAUUCCUGGCUACGGGCCUGCCACUAAGGAAACAAAAGUUGAAAAUUUUGCAAAUGAUAAAAAAAACAUAAUCUUUUUAUCAAGAUAAAAGUAACCAUAUGAUAAAUAUUGGAUUUAUUUCAUUUCAAAAAAGAAGUCCCAGAAAUAAAUUUCUAGAAUAAUGAAGUGACUAUGUUCUACAUUUUACACAUGUUUGUGACAUAUUAUUUUAAGGGGCAGUAAUUGCUGCUUGUGCAGAAGACUAUAUAUCUUUCUUCCAGCAUCAAUAUUAAUCAAAGACUCCAGGUGAUAAAAACAGCUUACUGGUACUGGGUACUUCUAGAUUUUGUUUGUUUGGUAACACUUUAUGUUUUUGUUGUUUUUUAACACAUGUAACAUACAGACAUUGUACAGGCUGAUAAUCAUAUUGAUUGUAAAGACAUGAAAUAUCAUCAUAAAAUCAUGUGUAUUGUAAUUUGUUUAUAGAUCAGAUGGGAUGUAAGUGUUUUAUACAAAAGUCAGAUGUUAUUUCUGGCAUGUUGUAAUAAAGAAAACAAGAGCUUA